CCUUUCUACUCGUCAAAGGGAUGAUGGUGUCCCGAACAAAGCAAUUGUUCUAUUGGGAUUCAACAAGGACAUCCACCUACUGACAAAGAGUCAAUCAAGUCUUCCUCUAUACACUUACUCCAGUCCGGCUUCAUCGAAUGCCUAUAAAUACUACCUUUCUCAACCUAGCUAAUAGUCUCCUAUCAACCCCUCUCACCAACAUCAGUACACCCGAAGCAAGCUUCAAUCAAGCUAAAACUUCACUCGUACAACCUACACCAACCCAACACCCAAACCCAACCCCACCCACAAAAGCACAAUGCACUUCCACCCCGAAGUUGUCCUCCUGGGAGGCCUUGGCCUUCUCAUGGGCGCCAGCGGCUCCCCGCUUCCCUCCCGCCCCUCCACCCCGCUCCCCGAGGACUCCGCCUCGGCCCUCAGCCCCAAUACCACCACCGGUAACCCCCUCCCCGACCUAACCCAUCUCACCAUCACCCCCCGCGAGAAGGACACCAACGUUGAGAUUGUCUGCCACGACCACGUCUUCACCCGCGACCACGUCAAGGCCGCCGUCAAGCAGGCCAAGCGCAUCCACGAGGCCAAGGAGGAGCACCCGCACGACUACGCCAACUUCCCCAAGCCCCUGGACCGCCGCGCCAGCGACCUCUUCAAGAAGCCCGAUGAGCUGUUCCAGUUCCCGCUCGUGGCCGGCGGCGUCUACGACGGCAAGGCCGAUGUGACCGGGCGCGAGUUCGUGAUCGUCGACAAGAACUUCAAGUGUAGGGGGGCGGUGCGGUAUUAUGAUGACCAUGGGGAGGACAAGGGCCAUGCGGAUGCGUGCUAUGCGCGAAAGCGGAAAGAUAAGGAUGACAAGGACAAGGGCAAGGAUAAGGGCAAGGAUAAGGAGAAGCGUAAGGGUGGUGGUGGUGGCGGCGCAGGCGGCGGCGGUGGCGGUCAUGGCGGCGGUGGUCAUGCCAGUGGUCAUGCCAGUGGUGGCCAUGGUGCCGGCCGAACUGGUGUUAUCGUUGCUGGUGGUGCCCAUGGGGCUGACGAGGGGAAUUACGAUGUUUGCUAGUUCCACCCCCUCUCUGAGGGUUGACCUGAAGAUUUGAGUGCUGCGGCACUGGUCACUCUUUUAGCAUUUCCAAUCAUCCGUGCAUGCAGAUCAUCUCAGGUCUGUCUGCCCUAGUCACUCUUUAGACUCUCUGUCACUUCUAUCUAUAUAAAGCAAUAAAAAACAUGCCAUUACGGC